UUGUAGAAUAAAAUUUAUUUCGAAUCACAUGUUCGGUAAUUUGGAUUCGAAAAUCUUCGGAUUUUUUUUUACGUAAAAAAUUAAAAAUGCAAUCAUUGAUUGCAUCAAAAAUUUUAUCAUUUCAAAAUGUUCUUCGAAUUGGUCAUCUUAAUAAACGUUUGAUGGUUAGCGUAGCAAAAAAUAAAAAAUCGCUCGAAGAAAUUAUUAAAAUACCUAAAGCUAUUCCAAGAGGUCCAACGGACAUCUUAAAAGCAUUAUCAUCGACAAUUGAACAGGAUAAUACUGGUCCCAGUUAUCAAUAUAUUGAUGAUCCAUAUUUAACACCGGUUAACAAUGUUGAUAAGCGAACUUAUUCAAUUUCUAAAGAAUCGGGUAGAAAAACAGCUAGAUAUUUCAUUGAAAAAUUUCCUGAAUUGUUUAUACGUGAUAUGUCCGAACCGAAAAUUGAAGCAUUUACACACAAAGAAAUCUAUGAUGAAUCAAUGGAAUUUUCAGAAAAUGAUUUACAAAAAUCAAUUCUUCGUUGUGAAGUAAUCAAUUCAAUUAUUUGCUAUGAAAAAUUGAUGAAAGAUGGCAUAUCUAUUGAUCCGGAAAUCAUUUAUGAUUUAUUAGAUUUAGUUUGCUUUUUUAAUAGUGAAAAUGAAAAAGAACAUUAUAUUGAAGAAGAUUUUUUUCAAAAAAAUGCUAAAAAACAAAACAUUACAGUAUGGAAAGAUAAUGGAUUUGCUGAAAAAUUAUUCGAUUCGAUUGAACCGAAAAAUGAUCGCGUUUAUUCAUCAAUCAUCAAAGGUAUGGCUAAACAUAAUCAAUGUGAACGGGCAUUUUCAUUAUAUCAACAAGCAAUCGAUUUGAAUUUUAAAUUAAACACUGCAACAUAUAAUUCAUUAAUCAACAUUAGUAAUGAAUUGCAUUCAACAAAUGAAGAACGUUGGAAAACGGUUAUUGAUCUAUUGAAAACAAUGAAUCAAAAUCAAAUUGCACCAGAUAUUGGAACAUUAAAUGGUGUUCUUAAACAAAUUUCAAAAUAUAAAUUUUUUGUUCAAAGCAAUGAAUUGAUUUUGAAAUCAUUGAAUGAAUUUGCAUUCAAAUUUGAUAUCCGGCCAAGUUUUGGUACUUAUUAUCAUUUGCUUAGUUGUUUUUAUCGAUCACGUAAUAGUAAAAGUACUAUAAUCUAUGAAAUUAUUGAUAAAAUUGGUGAUGAAAAAUUUGAACCACAAGAUAUGGAUGAUGUUUAUUUUUUUGCAACUGCAAUGGAUAUUGCAUCGAAUUUGAAUGAUGUACAACUUGCAUUUAAAAUUGAUAAAAUUGCUAAUCGUCAUUUGAAUUUACUUGGUCCUAAUUCUAGUCAAAAUGUUUAUUACUACAAAUUCUUAAAACUUUUGUGUUUAUCCGAAUCGAUUGAACAAUUUAUGGCAUUUUAUAAUCGUUAUGUACCGCAUAUGUAUUCACCGAAUGUUGACCUGAUGGCUAAUCUUCUCAAAACAAUUAAAAUCUAUAAAGCAAUCAAUUAUUUACCACAAAUUUAUGAUGAUAUUCGUUUAUUAUAUUAUAUUUAUAAUAUGGAUAUAUUACAAGAUUUAUUAUUGGCUAUGGAUGAAAUACAAAAAUCCGAUCCAUUAUUAUCGAAAUUCAAUCAAAUAGUGAUUGAUGCAUUCAACAAAAUUAAUCUAAAAAUUUCCAAAAACAUUGAAAUGGGUUAUGAUCAAAGUCUUCAGUGGACCGGGAAAACAUUAUCAUUAUGUUUAUCCAUAUUGAACAAAUGUCAAGAUUUAGAUAUGGGCUAUACAAUUAUGGAAAAAAUGUAUUCACUUCGAAAUGAACUUUAUGAUCAACCAGAAUCAAAAACAUUGGCUGAUUUUGCACAAUUAUCUUUUCAAAACAAAAGAUAUGAUUAUGUUUUAUUUUGUUUAAAAUUAUGUCAAGAAUUUGGUAAACAAGAUGCUAUCGAUUUGAUUCGACAAGAAUUUGAAAAAUCAGAAAUCAAUAUACAGGAUGAGAAUUUAAGGAAUAAAUUCAAACAAUUUUUCAUUUAAUUCGGGACAAUUUUCUUUGAAUAAAAAUACUUGUUC